UCAGAACCGCCUCCUUCCUCUUUCCUGCCAGGUUCAGCCUGCCAGAUGAUUGCAGCCCGCGCAGGCAAACGUCUCGGGCCGGCAGGCGGCCCGGGGCGCAAUGCUGCAGCUCCUGGAUAGCCCCGCGGGGUCCGGGACGGCUCGGGGGGCGCCGCCCCCUCCCUUGCCGCGGAGCCCGCACGGGGUUAACCGGACCUUCUUCCCUUUCUUCUCGGAGUUCAAGGGGGACCAGCGCCUGGCCCUGAGCGUCGUGGAGACGGUCGCGCUGGCCCUGAUCUUCACGGCGUCCCUGGUGGGCAAUGUGUGCGCCAUCCAGCUGCUGGCACGGCAGCGGCGCCGGGGCACCACCGCCUGCCUGGUGCUCAACCUCUUCAGCGCCGACCUGCUCUUCAUCACGGCCAUCCCGCCGGUGCUGGCCGUGCGCUGGACGCAGGAGUGGCUGCUGGGCGACCUCGCCUGCCAUCUGCUCGUCUACGUGAUGAGCCUGAGCGGCAGCGUCACCAUCCUGUCUCUGGCCGCCGUGAGCCUGGAGCGCAUGGUGUGCAUCGUGCGGAUGCAGCACAGCGCGCAGGGCCCCGGGCCCCGCGUCCGCGCCGCGCUGCUGGCUGCCAUCUGGCUCUACGCGGCCGUGUCCUCGCUGCCGCUCGGCAUCUUCUUCAGCGUGCGCCGCCUGCAGCUCGACGGCCACAGCCAGGAAGUUCAGAUUUGUACAUUGGUCUGGCCCAGCAUCCAAGGAGAAAUCUCUUGGGAUGUGUUGUUUGCGAUUUUGAACUUUUUCGUGCCGGGAUUGGUUAUUGUGAUAAGUUACUCCAAAAUCUUACAGAUUACAAAAGCUUCCAGAAAAAGGUUGAACGUCAAUCUGGCCUAUUCGGAAGACCGCCACAUACGGGUCUCCCAACAAGAUUACAAACUGUUCCGGACUCUCCUCGUGCUCAUGGUCUCAUUUUUCAUCAUGUGGAGUCCCAUCAUCAUCACUGUUUUCUUGAUCUUGAUCCAGAACUUCCAGCAGGACCUGGUGAUAUGGCCAUCCCUGUUCUUCUGGAUCGUAGUGUUUACAUUUGCCAACUCUGCAGUCAACCCCAUUCUGUACAGUGCCUCCCACUUUCAGAAGGAGUGGUGGAGGGUCCUUUUCUCCUGCUCUGUGCUGCCUGAGAAGAACAACAUGGCUACGGACACUUCAGUGAGAAGAAAUGACUUGUCUGUGGUCACAGGCUGAUGAGUUCACUGGUUGUGGGUUUUUUAACCCAUGUGCAUAUUGUGGGACUGUAGUUUACACCAGUGUGGGCUUAGUUUGGGGGCUGAGAGUGCAUUAGGUAAGGUUUUCCAUGCGGUAGUGAAUUCUAGGACCCUCAUUACAGAUGUGCCCUCCUUUAAGACAUUUUGCUAUACGGAAGUUGAUUUUUUCUUUUUAACAGAAAUGCUUAAAUGAGGGUAGGUGCUUAUUCACCAUAACAGAUAUUUUUUUGCUCAACAAAAAGGUCCAUCACAUUUUCCCCUUAACUUGUGAUUUGCCUGGAGCACUAAAAAUAAGAUUGUUUUCCAAAAUGUGAUUUAUGUAUAACUAUCUAAUUAAUGCAUAAUUUCUUCAAUUUUUAUCAACUUUAAAUUCAAUAAGAUAUAGCUUCCUGGCUGUACCAAGUUUGUAAUGCACUUCAGUAGUCUUGAAUUCAGACCCAACUAAAACCAUUCUUUCCCUGGAUAUCAUAGUUCUCCAUGACAACCAUUCUUCCACUUUCCCCCCAAUCCAGUGAUUAUCUCAGGGUGUUUUUGGUUUUUUCAAAACUUUCUAUGAAUUUUAAUUAACUUUAAUGCAAAAUUCAGCACUCAGGGAAAGGGAGGGCAGAGAAUAUGGAUUGACAGCCUGUAAAAUGACUAGAUUUUGUUUACUAGUGGUUGCCUCCAGAAAGCCAAGUUCUAGACAUAAGGUACAACUGGAUCUUAGGCAUCCAUAGGUAUUUGUAAUUUGCUGACAGUUGAGAAGACAGAUGCAGUCACCAUGAUGUCACCUUGGUCCCACCCUUCCUCUGUCCCCCAGGAAUUUUUCUAAUUGAUUCUCCUUUAUAAAAGACUUCUAAUGAAAUAAGACCUGCAGUCAUUGUGGGUAUGAAAUUUUAUGACAAAAAGAUUGGAAUAUUUUUGGGGAAAUGUAGUUGAAUAUAAAUUAAAACUGUUUUGUGAAAA